AUGUUGACUUGUUCACUCAUCAGAAGCACCGGCCCAACGGCCCGCCGAUCCUUCCUUCAAGGCAUCAUAUCCCAUCGUCCAGCCUACGUCUCUCCCAUCUCUCUCUCCUCUCGAGAACAGCCUCCUCUGUCUGCCCAUUCUCAAGUCGUCAAUACUCCCGCUGUGGUCGAAGACUUCGACCGCACGGUCCUCAACCCCGAGCAGCAUGAAACCUGCAAAUGGGGCACCGACGACGCCGUCGCGAGCCACCAGUCCUCCUACGAUCCGUCCAUGACUACGCCCGAGAUUGAGUACACGGCCGAGGAGGCUGAGUUCAAACUCGAGGGCCAAGACCACUCUCCGCUGUACGUUAGUCCGGCUAAUCGCGAGGUCAGCGAGUUGUUGGAUCCUAUGAUCGGAGGGGCGGUUCAUUGUGCGGAUCGUCUGGGGCCGAGUGCAAGGGGCUGGACGAGGAAACAGAGGACCUUGAAGGUUACGGACUUUCCUGGCAGUCGCUGGAAGCAGUAUGAGAAGGCUUUGGAGAAGUUGAGGGCGGCGAGGGAGGCAGGAGAGGCUGCGAAGGAUGUCAAGACUUGA